CCGAUCGCUCUUCUCGUCUCCUUCCUAUAUGAAAUCCCACUUUUCUCGUCUCCUUCCUCCUCCCUUCCUUUAUGAAAUCUCACUUUUCUUACCAAUUAAACGCGCCAUUGAUCUUGCCAUAUGUGUCCAGAAUAGAUACCAUCUACUCACAAAGCAUGUUAAAAAUUAUGUUCGUAAUAUAUAAUAAGAAGAAGAGUAACUACCCUUGUUCAACAAACCCCUUUACCGUUACCAACUACCCAAAAUGAUAUUAUAUGAGGCAUGCCUUCCCCUCCUUCCCUUCCCCUCCUUCAUAGCCUCAUAGGUGCAUGCUGUCCAUAGAAAGAGCAAAAACCGGGCGGAGCAAUGCCGAGGUGAUAAGGGGAACGAAGGUGGGAAAGAGAAGCCAUGGAUCCUUUCUCCCUGGCAGUCGUUUUGUGGAAUCGAAUCGCUUCUCCCUCCCUCCUCCCUCCUUCUCUCGUUGGAGCCAACCAUACCUCUGCUCGAUUCUGCUCCCGAUAACCAUCGAAUUUCCUGUUUUCUUCCUUUCUCUUUUGAAUCUGUACAGAUAAACAGAUACCCAAGAAAGCAAUCAAAGAAAAAGAAAGCUAAUUCUUCUUUCUUCUUUUUGACAGCAAUCCCAUUUUCUCUUUUUUCUGUUUUUCCUCCUUUUCGGUUUCUCUUUUUACAGCAAAUGGAGCCGUUGGGAGGUCACAAAGUGACCAAGCCUCUCCGAAACGCCGUCGUCCGCAUCCUCGUUAUCGGCGUCGUCAUUGCUCUCCUCCGAUUCAUGUACGUCAUAUCGACCACCGCCUCUUUUCAGGACGGAGCUGGCUUCUCCUGCGACUCCGGCGAUUUCUGUUUUCUCUCUGCCUCACGGAAGCUCAACCUCGAUCAACCGUCGCACUCAUCGGCCACAGCGGAGCAAUUCGCAGUCGAUGCUGCCGUUCGGAAGCUAUGGACCAGCAAGGAGUGGAGGCAGGGGAUCCAUGCCUACUCCGCUUUCUUCCAGAACCUUACCCGCGAAGGCCUUCUCUCAGCCGCGUCGAAGACGCUCGUCAUUGCUGCAGGCGACGGGGAGGAGGCGGCAGCCCAGCAGGUCCUCGCCCUGAAGGAGAUUGGGGUGGUCGAUUCCAUCGGCGUAGGGAAGAAACCGAGCCGACCGCUCGUUCUCUCGGGCGACCCGUUCCGUCGCCUGCCUUUCGAAGAGGGGACCUUCGGUCUCGUUUUCGCCGGACAGGGCGGGAUUGAUUCGAGGCCGAAGGAUGCUGCGGUCUUCGCCAGAGAGAUUGGACGGACGCUCAGGCCAGGAGGGAUAGCGGUAAUCCAUGCUCUUGCCGUCAAAGAUACAUAUAGCCUAAAUUCUUUGUUAGGUUUAUUCGAUUGCUGUAGAGCUCUGAGGAGUAGUCAGUCUGGUUCUUUUACGGAAUUCAUUUUGAAGAAGCAUAUUCUUCUUGACGGUCGCAGCGGGGCCGGAAAUGUGGCCCCCGGCGAUGUCAAUUCAAACAAUAAUAGCAGCAUCUGCUCUGUUCCUGCAUGGAAGAAGGAAUUCGUCCAAAAGGCGGAGCCUCUGAUCAUGGAAGAGCCACUAAAACCAUGGCUCACAUUGAAGAGAAACAUCAAAAAUAUUAGGUACCUUUCGUCAAUGGUGGGCAUCGCCUAUAAGCGUAGGUACAUAUACGUAGACGUUGGUGCGAGGUCCUACGGAUCAAGCAUUGGAGGUUGGUUCAGAAAGCAGUAUCCUGUGCAGAACAGGACAUUCGAGGUUUUUGCGAUCGAAGCGGACCAUGCAUUCCAUGAAGAGUAUGGGAAGAAGAAGGGGGUGCAGCUCUUGCCUUACGCUGCAUGGUUGAGGAAUGAAACACUGCUGUUUGAGGUCGAUGGUGGUGGGGCUGCUAAUGGGGAGAAGGGAAGAGGAAUGGGUAGAAUUAAGCCUGUUGGGGAGCAGACUGGGAAGGAAGGGGAAUCAAAAGAAGUGAUGAAGGUUCAGGGGUUUGAUUUUGCAGAAUGGCUAAUGGGGACUGUGAGUGAGGUCGAUUUCGUUGUGAUGAAGAUGGAUGUGGAGGGUGCUGAAUUCGACCUCAUCCCCAGAUUGAUCGAGACGGGGGCGAUAUGCCUGAUCGAUGAGAUCUUCCUGGAGUGCCAUUACAAUCGGUGGCAGAGAAGCAGCCCUGAGAGGACUAAGAAGUAUCAGAAAACAUACUCUGAAUGUUUGCAUAUAUUUACUUCUUUAAGAGACAAUGGUGUUUUAGUUCAUCAGUGGUGGUGAAGGAGUCACAUAGGAUGGUGGUGAAGGAGUCACAUAGGAUGGUGUCUUUCUCAUUGUUUCAGGUGAAUAUGUCAGUGUUGUACUUUACUUUUACAACCCAUGUAAUAAUCCCCCUGUUUCUUUUGUAAUUGUUGGAUACAUAUACAAAGAAAACAAAAAAUUGGUUUUGAAAAUUAACAUGUUAAUACUUGUUAAAAUUGGAGAGAUGUCAUGUUGUGGCUAAAAGACCCGACAGAUCUCUUUCAUUCCA